CGGUGGGAUAACGGUAGUUUGCCACUUAGCCAGGCCGCUACCACUUGUAUAGUGUUGUUAACUUAAACAACAUAUACUUAAAUGCAGUGACAUAACUAAAGUUUCAAACAUGGCUUACCACAUUUACUUCAGGAUACUGGGGUAUGUGGUGACAAUGGCCCUCCAUAUUGGCAAUAUUGUGGUGAUGGCACAGCCUAGGGCAAAGCACAUACCAAUAGAUCCGCGGGUGAAGGUUUACGCUGAGCUGCAAGCUCGGUUCUUCACUUGUUGGACCUUCUUCCUACAAAUAGUGUUUGCGUUCAGUGGAUUGGUUUGUGACAUAUUAAUACUGAAGAACUCCGGAAAUGAAAAUUACAAGCUACCGAAAUACCUCAGAGGUUUCAGAAACACUAUGUUCGCGGCGAUCCUUUGGCCCUGCACUUGGUUGGUGUCAACUUUCUUCUGGUCUCUAUAUUUAUAUGAUAGGAGUCUAAUAUAUCCAACGUUUGUGGAUACCUUUCUGACGUCCACAUCAAAUCACAUCAUGCAUACAGUGAUUGUUCCUAUAGUCCUGUGGGAGGUGGUGUUUCAACCCAGAUAUGUCCCGAAAUCCCAUUCGAGGUAUUUGCUGCAUCUGGUCUUUCAUCUUGCUCUGUAUUUCAGCGUAUUCAUGUACACCUACUUCGAAAGGAGUAUAUGGAUAUAUCCCAUAUUUGAGAAGCUAUAUGGUACAUCGUAUUUUUAUAUAGUUAUAUUGUCCCUUCUAUUACUGUGCAUAGGUUUUUAUUACGCACAAUGGUAUCUGACAGUCAAAAUUUGGGGGCGACUAGAGAAAGAGAAAAACAAAAUAAAAAUACACUAGCAAAUUAAUUCUCGUUCUUAGGAAACAAAAUUUGAAAAAAGAACGUAAUAAAUCUUAAACUGCAUUACGGAAUAGAGAAAAAAUAAUUUAUUAAAUUGUAUAUAAAUUAAUUUCAAGGAAUUAUUAAGCACUUGUUUCAACAGAACUGUCUCUUUCUUUUUUUUAUGCAACUUAGAGUGGCAAACAAGCUGACGGCCCACCUGAUGGAAUGUGGUAACCGUCGCCUAUAGACAUGAGCAGUAUGAUGGACAUAACGGAGUAUACUCUUUCGCCCAUGAUACACCCCAUGUGUUGCCAUUUCUAAAGACUCAGGUGUUAUUCCUCUGUACCUUAUAAACGAUUUAGCGUGAAGGUAGACAAUUUCAGUGGCCUAUAAUAUAUAAAAGAGCCCUGUAUUUUAAAAUAUCUCUGGAGUCACGAUUCCGUUUUUAAGUAUUUUUUGUUUCUUUUUUUGAUAGAGUUUUCAAAUUUGAAACUAUCAAAGUACCAGAACUAAGCGUGAUAAGUUAUAAUCAUUUCCAAAUAAAAAAAAAAUGACUAUGUAAAUUCAGAGGUACAGGCUGAAUUUUUAAUUUGGGAUUUCCAGAGUGAAUACCAGCCACAGAAUAUCUGAAUUUUUUUAACAAGCGUUGUGGUACUGAACUUUUAAUUACUUACUUUCAUAUUGUAAUUUAUAGCAUGUGGCGGGAGAUAUGUAGUUACCAUAUUGGUAGUGUUUAUUGUAACUGUAUCGAGUUAGAUUUAAAGAGGUCAUGUACAAUGCGGUUUCAAAGGAAUUUUCUCCUGCGAACGUUCAGGCUGUGGAAUGAGCUCCUUGCUAAGGUUUUCCCUAGGGGCUACAGUAUGGGGUUUUUCAAAAAGGGUAUAUUAAGGUUUCUUCAGGGUGGACAACGGGUACGUGACACCCCUAGUGUUGCAGGCGUCAAUAGGCUACAGUGACCGUUUACCAUCAGACGGGCUGUACGAGUAUGCAUGUUUGCCAUCUUCUUGGUAUAAAAAAAGCGUUCAUGUCAAUUUAAUAAUUAUAAAUUACAUUGUCCAAAGAUCAAAUAUUUUGUUGAAUGAAUAAAUUACGUUUUAGUAAUU